AUGGCGCUACAGCGCCCGACUCCGGCCGCUCUGCGGUUCGCCCUCCUGCUGCUUCUGUUGCGCCCGUCGUGCCAAGAGGCGUGCCGUGGCUUGGCCCAAUACCGCGUCACCCUGGCCACUGCCUGGACGGCCAGUCGCUUCCCCAAGCAGUACCCGAUGUGGCGGCCACCCGCUCAGUGGUCGCAGCUCCUCGGCAUGAGCCACGACGCCAGCGUGCACGUUUGGCACGAGGGCCGUUCGGCUAGCGAAGGCUUGCGCCAGUUUGCCGAGCACGGGCGCGUGGGCCGACUGAGCAGCCAGCUGGUGCAGGGUUUCGGGGGCGUGCUGGACGUCUUCCACGGACCAGCCAUCGCCAAAGGCAGCGGAGCAUCGAGCGCCGCCUUCUUCGCCGACGCACGUCACUCCAAGGUAACGGCCAUGUCGAGGCUAGUUCCCAGCCCGGACUGGUUCGUGGGCGUCGACGGAGUCGAGCUGUGCGAGGGCGGUCACUGGCGCAAUUCGUUGCUUGCCGACGCGCAGCCGCUAGACGCCGGCACCGACCGGGGUCUGACAUUCACGGCGCCGCGCUGGCCCUCCCAGCCGCCCGAGAACGUGACGCGCAUCACGGCCCGCUCGCCGAGCCACCCGGGAGCCGCGUUCCACUACCCGCACCUCGAGAAGCUGCCUCGCAUCGGCGUGUUCCAGUUCCGGAAGCUGCACGAGUACGCCGCACACGGGGACACCUUGGCCGACCAGCCAGACGGUGAACGGGUGACCGCACCUUCCUCCGAACCCAGCAGUACCACGAGCAAGCCACCGACGGGAAACGGCUCGUGCCAAGUGUCAGGAUGGUCGGCGUGGUCGGCUUGUAGCCAGACGUGCGGCCUGGGCCAGUCUCGGCGCCAUCGGCGGAUCCUGCGCUAUCCGCCCAAAGGCGGCGCUCCAUGCCCGCCGCUGCACGAGCUGCGUUGGUGCGGAAGCGCCAGGUCGUGCAGGAUGCCGAAUACUUACUUCCGAUGGAACCGCUGAACCCCCACCAUGCACGGCGGAGACGCGCUUGCAGUGCGGCAUGACUGGCUCCAGGAAGCCUUCCCUCAGCUGGUCGAUCUCGCCUCAGUGUAGAGAGAGACAGUGAUACCUGACCUAUAUAUCUCUUCUUCAGGUUGUCUACACCUUCGCCUAAGAUGUGCUGGAAGAGUGACUUGUCCAGCACGUGCACUCUAACUACGGGACAGUUCGAAACGAAGCAAUUCAUUGUCGCGCUCAUCCUCAAAGAGCUGGCAGGCAUAGUGAGAAGUAGUAUACAACAGCUCACCUAUAGGACGACAAUUAGUAGCAUGCUCUGGAGAACACUUAAGCGCUGGUCUAACGUCGGAGCAGAUGAAUGUAAUCUUUACACGUUUUGGAUAAACCCAGCUUGUGCGCAUCUGAAGGUUUAUAUGUGUACCUCCAACGUAGCCAUUUAGUAAAGUAGCCAUUUAAAAAAGUGUAAAAAGUGUUUUAGGGACCCUUUAGAGUCGAAUUCGUAGCAAGAAUACCAAGCAAACCAAUUAUGUUACUUAGCACAAGGUAAUCCAUAGAGCAGUCAAUGUACAUCUUCGUUCAGCAAGGUAUGAACACAAAGAUGCAUUAGUGAAGUCUUUGUGCCCCUUUCUCUGGUGCGAACCCAGAAAGCCGGCUCUCGCUUGUCGCAGCUGAGAGGAGACUCAACAGAGUGGGAAAAUGCAGUACAUUUAUUCAUGAUGCGCACUCGGCACGUUCCGAAAAUCAUCUCUACCUGUUACAUCGGGUCUUCACAAGUUCAUGCACGGUGUUUGCAAGCGAAGGUCACAUUCACACGGUUCAAGCGCUAUGCUCGGAUGCCUCCAGCCAUCAAGAUCUGCAACGACAUAGUCGUCGGGUCAUCCAGUGCAGCAGAGUGGCAGUCCGUGGCGAGCACUUCAAGUUAGCCCUGAGCUGGUUUUGUAGACGCUCGCUGCCGUCACUGUCAGAGUCCCCCACAAUGGCUUGAGCCCACCGUACGGUUGUACAGGCCGCUGACGGAGAUGUUCCGGCCAACACCACUUCCAUGCGUUUUAGAAUGUGCACAUUCGACAAAACCCCCAGCAUUUGCCUGCAGCUCUGCCCGACAGCAUUGCACUUGCAGAUUCAACAUACGUUAUGCAUGCUCAAUGAUGUGAUGCAGUCAUAGUUACUAGUUUAGUUGCAGCAAAUUUAUAGCAGGGUCAAAACGAAAUGGAAGCUGUUAAUGUAAUUCACAAGCUUGGAAAAUUUAUGAAUAUGACAAUGAAACCACAGCAGAUAGACUCGUGCUUCAACUAGCACUACAAAAUCACAAACAUGCUUUUCUUCAUGGUCUAUUGUUGCACAACAGUUCAGCAAAUAAGUCAACACUUAUUCAGACAUUUUUUUCUUUUUUUGUAUGGCUUUUUGUGAAGAGCUGCUAAGAUUGUGUUUCACAUAUGGUUGCAGACACUUUUAUAUAUAAUUGCUGACUCCAGCGAAGUCUGGCUUAAAAUGUUUCUACAUAACGUAGAAACAUGGCAUGAACAUGCCUACAGAGGUAAAUCGACAUGUGUGUUGAAGUGCAAGCAGAAGUAAAUAAACUUGUACAUUGGUAUUGCCU